AUGGCACUUACUGAAAAUUGCAGGAUCUACCAACCCCCAAAGGACACUGGUUCAAACCAAACUUCAGAUGUAAUUGAGCUCAAUGUUGGUGGACAGGUCUACUACACACGCCGCACCACCCUUACAAGCAUGCCUAACUCUUUACUUGGGAAGAUGUUCUCUAAGAAAGAAAUUUCAGGAGACAUGGCCAGAGACACAAGAGGACGAUACUUCAUUGACAGGGAUGGAUUCCUUUUCAGAUACGUCCUGGAUUACCUCAGAGACAAGCAUGUCGUCCUGCCAGAUCACUUCCCAGAACGGGGCAGGCUCAAACGUGAAGCAGAGUAUUUCCAGCUCCCCGAUCUGGUGAAGCUCCUCACCCCAGAUGAUUUUAAACGACCAUAUAUUGACGAUUACCCUCACAGUGAUUUGGAUGAUAUCUCUCAAGGUAGUGACCAGAGGCUUUAUCCGUCAUCCCACAGACGCUAUGGCUUCCUUACAGUCACAGCAUGCGUCUCAGAUGCCAAAUGUAGCACAAGACCACCAAAGCUUUUUGUGUGUGGAAGGGUCUCCCUGGCUAAAGAAGUCUUUGGAGAGGCAUUGAGGGAAAGUCGGGAUACAGAGAGACCUCCUGAGCGAUAUGGAUCCAGGUUCGUCCUCAGUUUUGGGCAUGCUGAGAGGGCGUUUGACUUGCUUGCUGAGAGCUGCUUCAGGCUUUUAGCGUGCAGCUCAGCGCUCACCUGCCCCACUCACAUGGCACAUACAGACGACAGGCAAUGGUACAAGAGCACAGAGUACGUCUUCUACCGUGGUCCGUCCGGUUGGUCAUCCCUGCACUGCGAGUGCUGCUGCAAAAGCCAGAAAAGCGAACGAGAAGGUGAGAGUGGCACUUCCUUUAACGAUGUCUCCACUUCUUGCUCCGAGACCCAAUCUGAAGCCUCCUCUCCUCAGGAGACAGUGAUUGCUCGUCCCGUCUCCCAGCAGCAUCACAUUCAGACUCUGGAGCGCACAGUGAAAAAAGGACCAGCCCAGGCAAUGCAGGCAGAGACAAGACGGAGAACGGAGCUGCUGCGAACUCGCACCACGGGCCCUCGUGACCACAUGACCUCAUCCAAAAGGAAACCCAGCAAGGUGAAGCUAACGCCAGAGCAGGAGCUUCAGAAAUGCAUUCAGGACUUCCGUCGUAUUCGGAUCCCCGAGCGCUUUCCAGACAGGAAGAACACAUGGCAAUCCGAUCUCCUGAGGAAGUAUCACCUCUGAAGCACUGAAAAUGGCUGCUGAAACACAAUCUACCUAUCAGUGCUUGAGAUCAAACUUCAGUUUGCACUUCACUCGGGCACAAUCUCUUGAUUUAAUCUCUGAGCGGGAUGCUUAACGCACAGCAAACGAUGCAGUUAACCUUGAGUGACUCCUACCGGUUCGGCUACAAAGCACAAUUACUCAAACGUGAAGACUGAGCUGCAAAUCAAUUUCACAGUGUCUAAAUGAACCAACCCUUUACAGAACACCGUGGAAUGGGUUGGACAUGCACUAAAUGAGCACACAUCAAUCUAGUAUCUGCACACACACAGAAGUGCACAGAUCUUGUCUCAAGAAGGUGAAAAAUAAAGCACAAAAUGAUCCAGUGUUCAGCUGUUGGAACUGUGUUAGCACAAAUAUCUCAUUUUUGCUAAGGAUGAACCUCUUUUCUCCCAUGCAUGCUGGUUUUAUCUAGGUAUUACAAUGCACUAUAGAAAAUAUGGCCUCUUAAUUAAUAGAUACACUUUGUGAAAUAUAACUAUGUAAUUUACCAAGGUUUAGCAGAAUAUGAUUACAAUUCAAGUAACAUAUACACGAGAACAUAGAGCAACACAGAUUAGUAUUGUCAUUGUGAACAUUUUUUGUCUGGACUGUUAUUGCUGUUAUUAUCUGAUCUGGUUUGCCUCUGGGCAUGAAGAAUCCCUAAUUGUAAAUGUGCAGCAAAUUAU